CGGGUCAAACAGUUCUCCCGCUUUUCCCCGCCUUGGCGGGCAGUCGCCAUGGCAGGGAGUAAUAGUGGUGCUGCGGCCGCGGCGGCCAACCUGAACGCGGUGAGGGAGACCAUGGACGUUCUGCUUGAGAUUUCAAGAAUAUUGAAUACUGGCUUGGAUAUGGAAACACUCUCUAUUUGUGUACGUCUGUGUGAGCAAGGAAUAAACCCAGAGGCCUUAUCCUCUGUCAUUAAAGAACUUCGCAAGGCCACAGAAGCACUAAAGGCUGCUGAAAAUAUGACAAGCUGACUUCAUGGAGGGAUCUCUUUAUGAGAUGAGCAUGAAGAUCUGAAAGAUUUGAAGAUUGCAUACUGGAAUGAAAUUACUUUUUACAACAAUGUAAAAUUAACAAACCAUAGCUUUAUGCAUAGUGGAAAGUAGCUUAUUGAGAUAUUAGCAGGUAACUGUUUAGUUCACAUCUUUAAUUUUUUUUAACAGUCCUAAUGGUUUACAAAUGAUAUGCUGUUAUUUAUGUUUAUUUAUAGUUUUGAAAGCUUUAAUUUUGUAGACACUGUCAAAUAUUGCACAUUUGCUGUGCCUAGUUGAAAGUAUAGUAGAAACUAUCAACACUGAUGUAGUAGUUACAUCUUGUUGACAUUUCCAUUAUGAACUCUAACUUUUAAUUAUUUAUGUAUAAUAACUUUAUGGCUUUACUUUUCACUGGACUGGAAGUUGGCAGAAUUUCAGAGAUCUUUUGAGUGUGUCAGUUUUUAUUUGAAUCCAUUGUGUGUGUCAAUUUUGUUUUGUAUAAGAGCAUGUUAAUUUCUUAUAGUCUCUACUAUUGUAACUAAAAGACUUAGUUUUUUAAACACAAUUUAGCUGACAUUGAAUAAUGUGAACUAGAUCAUUUUUUAUUAAAAAUAAAAUUUUGGAAACAGCUAUUAGUUGCUGUUUGAAUCAUCUAAAGCUAAUAAGGUAUUUUAGUUAUGUUUUGCCUUUUAAGAUUUAUACUGUUAUCAUUCAAAGACUUCGAUAAUAAUGUACUUAUGAUUAACUAAUGUGACCAACAUGCAAAAUCCCUUUAAUAUUAUUAAGUAAAGAUAAUUUGGUUGCUGAAUAAGAAACUAUCAACUAAAUCUUUAUUCAUUGCAUAAAAAUUCAUUUAAAUUUAAUUUUUUUUAGAAGAAAACAGAUUUCAAGUCAUUAUGCAAAGACUAAAAUAGGCCAAAUAUCAAGAAUUGUUAAACUGUGCCUUCUUAAAGUCACUUUUGUGAUAUUAUUUGAUCCUCAUAGUUCUGUUUCUGAAUGGUGCAGUAGAGAGGGAUUUUUAGAAAGGACAGAGUGUAGAAAUAAAGAACUAGUGUUACUGAUUCUCUCUAUAUCAGUAUUUGUUUUUAUGGCAUGUUAAUGUGCUUUUUAAAAAGGCUUCUGCUUCCUCUACUGUUGUUUUUAAAACAUAAGCAGAAUUGUUUUCAUCACUUUAUCAUUCAAACACAUAUAGAAUUCACUGGAAAAUUUCUUGUGUAUAGGAGGGAUAAGUAGUAGCCAAAUCUGUUCUGUAGUUUCUAUAAUUGUCCAGAGAUGGAGGGAUAAAGAAGGACAGGGAGUAAUAACUUGAAACACCAAGAACAUAAAAACUGCAUGUUAAUAUUUUUAGACUGCUAACAUCUAUAGAAAAUGAACUCCUGGUUUGCUUUUAAAUAAAAAAUUUUGUUAUCUAGCUCUUAGGGCUGAAAAUGAAAAGCAAUUUAGUGUAUUCAGUCUUAAUUUUUUUCUUCUAAUGUAGCAGCCCAGAUUCAGUUUAUAAAUUUAUGAUGUCAUAAAUUAAGUUAUAUGGGAAACGCAGGAAAAAAAUGUGGAAAGAGGUCUAUGUUUACAGAGGGCUUCCUGAAUGUGUUAAAUUUCUGAAAUGUAAAUCUAUUUUUUUAAUGCAUAUUCAUAAUCUUUCAAAGGAUACUUAAGGAAAUGAAACAAACAAUAACUGUAAAAUUACAGUCUUGUGCAUGUUAUCACUGACAAUAAAACUGAAUAGUCUUGAAAGGUACUUUUGAUUUGUUUCCCAUGUGUUAUGUAUUGGAAAAAAAAAACAUGGGAAGUACCAUAGUCACUUUAUGCUUAUAUGUUAAUAUUCUUAAUAUUUCUAUUGUAAAUAUUUAUGUGCUUAGUUAUUGAUGGUUUACUUAAUUCCAUAGAAGUGCUGUGUCAGUGUGUCUUUUUUUAAAUAAAUUUUUAUCAGUGUC